AAUGGCUGUAUGCGAAAGAGCUGAUAAUCAAGUAAAUAAGCAUGUGGACAGUGUGGAAGCUAUCUUUGAUGUGCAAUCAUAUUCUUGAAGGCGGGCGUAUGAAUUCAUUAAAUAUUUUAAAUAUUUUUUAAAUAGAUUGGUACAGAAUUGAGAAAUGGAUUCUACCUUAAAUAUUGAGGAGAAAGGAAUUGAUACACAAAAUGGAAGCCAAAAAGUUAACGCUGAUGUGAUUAAAAUUAAUCCCCAAGAUAACCUCAAUGGAAAACAAAUGGAAUCUAACAUUGACAGUUGUUUGGAUAAAUCCGUCACUCCAGAUAAUGAAAAUGAUGACGAUCUAGAAAUUGAAGGAAGCGAUACUGAAGACUGCAAUCCAGAAGACAAAAAUUCAACAGAUUUAGGAGAGAUCCCAGCUACCCUAAUUGAUAAGCCGUGUUUAGAUAUUGGCUCAUCAGAUGCGGAGAGAACUCUUAAGAUGGAAUACUUAGAAUCCAAUGACCCCAUUAUUAUAGAUUCAUCUAUUAAGACGGACCCAUCUAUAUCUGUGGAAAAUUUGCACACCGUUUCUGAGAAUAAUUUAGAGCUCAAUCUACUGCCAUCUACUGGCAAUACUAGCAAUACUAUUAGUGAAAACUCGUCGAUUGCGGAAAAGUCAUCAGCCGCACAAGAUGGAUCGAACAUUCUAAAUAAAGGCGAAGAAGAUAAUAGGACCAAAGUUUCUGUAUCACAGGACAGCACUAAAUCUUCUGCGGAAAAAAAUGUCGAUCUGAUUGAUCCCAGUGCAUCUGAUUUGACGUCCGAAAACACUAAAGCAGACGUUUCGAUAAAUGAAUCUAGUGCUAUUGAACCUAAAAACAGCGUUGUAUCGACACAUAAGCCUAAUGUCGAUGAACAAACAACAGCCAGUGCAUCUGAUUUGACGUCCGAAAACACUAAAGCAGACGUUUCAAUAAAUGAAUCUAGUGCUAUUGAACCUACAAUCAUUACAUCUAAUUCGACGAUCGAAAACACUAAAAACAGCGUUGUAUCGACACAUAAGCAUAGUGCUAUUGAACCUACAAUCAUUACAUCUAAUUCGACGAUCGAAAACACUAAAAACAGCGUUGUAUCGACACAUAAGCCUAAUGUCAAUGAACAAACAACACCCAGUGCAUCUGAUUUGACGUCCGAAAACACUAAAGCAGACGUUUCAAUAAAUGAAUCUCAAAACGAUUUUAAUAACCAAAUUCUGGACAUUAUAUCGGAUAUAGAUAUAAAUAUAAAAGCACAGGAAAAAAUAACGCAGCUGAAGGAGCAAGAACUGAAACUCAUUCAGAAACAGAACGAUUUGGCAAAUGAAAUCCAUAAGCAGCAGAUCCUAGCUAAACAGCUCAGUGCACAAAAUCAGCGUAUACAAAAGGAUUGUAAAAGAGAAGAGCUUGACUUACAAAGCCAAUAUGAAAAUGAGCGCGGUGGAUCCACCUCGACACUGUAUCAGAAAAAUACCACCAGUAACGAAUCCACUAAUGUGUCGAAGACGGUCGAUUUGCGAAAAAUAUUUACACCUGCGACCGACGCUGCUGAAAUAUUACCGAAAAAUCGAAAGCUAUAUGCCUCGUCUGCAUUUUAUUCUCCAACACUACACCCUACAGUGGAAGACCAAGUCGAGCUAGCAAGAAGAAUUUCACAUUCAUUAAGCGAUAUCAGUAACCAAACUUCUAAGGGUCAGUCAAUGUAUGUCAAUCGCAAAAAACGCUCAGACAAUUGGGUUCAUGAAGGUAGAUCUCAAGGGAAUGAUGCUAUAAAUCCAUAUAAAGAAAAUUCUGAAACAAAUUCCACAAUGGAACUUACAAAGCUGGAAAAAAUACCGCUAAAGCUUAUAAUGAACCCAAAUGGAAGAGUGCGUGAUUAUAAUUCGCUAAAAGAAUUGAUUAACGUUGACGCUGGCCUUUUAUCGCCUGACAAUUGCGCUGAACUAAUAACUGCACUUCAGCUUCAUCAAGGACGAGGUGCCGAACUUUUUGCGAAGCGCCGCAGAAAAGCUGAUAAUUGGAUAGUCGAUGAAUCCCAUUCAGGGACUCAAUAUCAUCCAUCUGGUAUUCCAGAUUUCCUGCAGUAUCAUCAAAGGCCAGUUGUAAGCCCAAACAUUUUGCCGGCGUAUUCUGAUGCUGGGAAGCAUCGCGUCCAAUUGAAUAUUCAUCAAAAUCAGCUAAUUGAGAGGUAUUCAAAACCAGGACUGCAGGUCGUUCAGUCUCCUUGGAAAGCAGCUUUGCAAACUGGUUCAGCGAGCUCAGCGUUUCUAGAGGAUUCUAAGGGGCAAUGUUUGGCACCUCCUGCCUUAUCACCAAUUCCGUAUUCCCAAACUUGUUUUAAGGACUCGACGGACGCUAUCGAGCCGGUUGGUUCUCCGAGACACCAUGCAAAUGCCAUUGCUUCUUCACCACGAUCAGUCAAUGUACCUUCGAAUCCACAGAGGGAUCUUGCUUAUACACCAUGCGUUGCGCAGGGCUGGGGAGGCCGAAAUGUGGAACUACCGAAAGGCUUAUACGUUCCGAAAGAAAUAUCUCUCUCUUGCUAUGCAGCACCUUCACAACAGUGCGAAGGGCACGCGAAACAUUUUGAGCGGUCAUACGACGACACUUCUUCGUACACGUUACCAAGGACCAACUUUUCUGCUAAUAAAAAUUCCUUUGGAAACACUGGUAUAGGACAAUUUCCUUCAUCAAAGCCACUGACAACUGGAUUUAAUACUGGAACCCCACAGCAGCAGCCUACCUUACAGCCAAGCUAUAAAAAAAUUGUACCUGGGCUCGAAAAAGUUGCGUCUGGGGUCAACUUCAACCAGGAAUUUUUACCCACUGAAAAUUUGGCUAGGUAUGAACAACCUGAUAAGAGAAGCUUGACAAGUGGAAGUCCACAGUACCUAAAUGCACUGCAAAACUCUCAAGUACGCAAUUCAACGCCAAUACCUUUUGAACCUUCUUUGAAUGAACAGACUUCCUGGCCUCCGAAAGGCAUACUAAAGGGAACCUCACUCUCUCCGCUGCCGAACCACGUUCAAACCUUUAACACAUAUGCCAGGGGUUGGGGAUCCAUACCAGUCAAGCAACAGUCCCAUUCAAAUCAAUACACCCCACCAUUAGCUGGAAACCUACCGUACUCCGAUUUUUAGGUGUUGUUUUAUCAACUAAGCAACUAAGCGAUUUGCGACAUAUACCAAUUACUUAAACGAUUAUAAAAAAUAUAUUUAAUGUGUUUGUUUAUUUGUCUUUUAAAAUUAUAAUGGUACUACAUCGAAAAAUAUAUGCAAUUGUUUCACCUGCCA